AAACACUUUGCAUUGACACAUCUUAACAUAUGUCAGUGCUGUUGUGUUGUCUCAAGAUGCACGCCUGUAAUGUUUUUUGUACGGUUUCUUUGUUAAAACUACUUAAAUGUCCUAAUAUACCCAAGGCUUAGACCUGGAUUAAUUUAAACCCGGUCCGGGAAACUGCCCCCAUAUCUUAAAACAUGAUUUAUAAUGUUAUUGCCUAGUGAUCCAGGACUGCUUAAUUAGAAAAACUGUCCUGGUUUAAGUGAAAAUGGUCUUUAAAGGAACUAAUUGAAAUCUUGGUGGAGUCUGAUUAAUGGUGGUUUGUGACUGAAAGCAACAUAUCAGCGUCACUAGUGCAAUACAAGCUAAUGCAGGACAAUAUCCAAAUAUUUCAACAUACAAAAUUUACUCCGUUUUGCACAAACUGAGUCAUUAAUAGGUCAGUUUGACUUAAUACGUGUAUGUUAUCAAAGUACCGCGAGAACGGUUUGAAAGCACAGCUGCAGAAUCGCUCUCGCGGUGCUUCAAUGUCAUACGCCGAUCGGUCUGCGCAGCGCCUCAUGACGUCGAACACAUCCACAUCGUUCAAUGUUUUGACAGCGGCUCUAAAGUACUACAAUUCCCACAAUGCAAUACACGCUUGACGUUUCACACACUCCUAUGAAAAUACAAGAAGGGACGUGUAACUUUGACAGUUCCGGGAAAACCCACAGGAAAAUCUAAGAUUGUCCAACUGAAACCGCGAUCUACAAUUGAAAUGUUUUUUAAUGCAAGAAAGCGAACUGUGCUGUUUUAAGUCUGUUAUGCUUUCGCGCAUAACUAUCUACGAAAUCUUUAAAAUAUACUUUCUAGAACAAGUGUCAGCAUGCUGAGUCGAUCCAUAGUCUUACAGAGUCUCAGGAGUAUUAGAGAUAGAUUUUUUGAUACAGGGCCACAAAGAAAUGAACAAAAUGAUGUUGGGGCUGAGACAAGUCAUGACGUCACGGGUCCCUCUCUUGACAAUUUGUCGGUUGACAUGCAGUUUCACAUCAUGACCUUCCUCUCUCCACAAGACCUGUGCAGACUGGGGGGCACUAGUACAUACUGGCGGUCCAUGGUUCGAGACCCUGUGCUUUGGAAGUACUUCCUGCUGCGUGAUAUGCCGCUCUGGAAGUCAGUUGAUAAUGUAUCGAUGCCUGAGAUCAAGCUCAGUGGUACAUCAAUGCUCGGGGAUCCUGAGAUGAACCACUUUGAUUAUAUGGCUGAGUACCUACGGGUCUGCCCAGCCUGUCGAAACCAAUGGCGACAGCAACCCAGGGCAACAUUUGAGUCUGUGACUUCUUUCUUUCACUUCUUAGUACCAGGUACCGCAGAGCCACAGUUUGUCAUGUUUGGCCCAGGCCUUGAACAGUUAGAGGUUUCGCUGAUGACUAGGAUCAUGAACUCCCCUCAUGUACUACCUAUAGCAGGAAUGCCUCAGCAUCAGAUUGAAGGCAUUGGAUCUGGAAUAAGUUUUAAGUUUAAGGAUCAGCACAGCUUCAAUAUUAUUACUGUGUAUUCAACAUACAGGACAGAGAGAGAGAGGGCUCGUCUGGAGCACCUCAAUCUGCGCAGUAAAGUCUUUCUCUAUCAGGAUGAUAGUGACUCCAAUACACCCUUAAGUCUUAACCCUAUGUUUAAUAAAGCUUUUCAGGCUGUAAAUGGAUUCAUCUUUGUGGCAAACGCCGAGAUGGAAAGAGGAUCUGACCAAAGUUGGGAAGAAGAGAGUGCUCAGAUCAGGGUUAUGUUGGACCCUGCGGUAGGUUCUGUCUCACGACCCAUCCUGGUGCUCUCUUGUAUAUCUAGAGAAACAGCAGACACACACAGGAUUCCAUGUGUGACUGUGGCCGAUCAUCUUCAGCUCAGCUCACUCUCCAACCCCUGGAUGGUACAAGACACUGCUGCAGAAUCACUUACUGGACUGCUGGAUGGUAUUGAUUGGCUAAUGAGAAACUCUGGUGUCAGGUUGUAACCAAUAAGACUGUUAAGUACCUGCUAGAUGUACUAUAUAUUAUUAAAAGCAUAUAAUAAUGCUUUUGUAAGCAUCUUAUUAUUUGUUUGAGAUACAGUUUACACUGGCUAUGCGUAUGGUGCAGAGUCAGACCACUUGCUUUUCAUUUGUACAGUACAGUAAACACUCAGAAAUAAAGGUACAAAACUGUACCUUUUCUGUCACUGGGGCUGUAUCCUUUCAAAAAGUAAAGCUUUGCACCUAAGGAUUUCAUUUUAGUACCUCAGAAGUACAUACUGGGCCCAAAGAGAGCUUAUUAGUACCUGAAAAAUACAUAUUAGUAUCUCAAAGGUACAUAUUGGUACUAAAUGUUUACAUAUCUGUACCUAAUUACCUUUUUAAAUUGGGUGCUGCCCCACUGACUGCUAGGGUACAUAUUUUGACUUUUGAGGUACAGUUAUCUACCCAAAAUUGUAUUCUUUUUUGUAGUCCUGUAAAGAUAUCAAACAGAAACUUAGGGUACAGCCCCAGUGACAGAAGAGGUACAGUACCUUUAUUUCUGACAGUGAAUGUUUUGUACCAAUUGUUUGAAUGUAUUCACUUUAUACAAUCCUGUACUUGUUUCUUUGUCUUCCUAUUGUUAUUUAAUUCUGUUUUUUAGGUGUAAACAUUUUUUAAAAUCUUUUUAAAUCAAGUUUAUAAGGAUAUAUUUAUGUAGCUUUGCAACAUGAAUUUUUUUUAUAUGUAAUGGCAUUAAAAAAUGUUUAGGAAAUAAAUUUAA